CCUGCGCCCGAGAAAGCGACGGACAGACGGACGGACGGACAGCUUCCGAGCCCCGCGCUGCGCUCCAGCCGGGCCGGCGGUCGGGGCUGCGGGGAGGCCGCCCAGCUGCAGGGCCCGCGCCCCCGCCUCCUCCUCCCGGCCGCCCUCCCCGCUGCGCCCCGGCCCCGGCCCCGUCCUCCCCUCCCCGCGGCCCACCCUCCGUCGGGCUCGGCUCCUCCACGCCCCGGCUCGGCCCCGCGCCCCUCCCGCCGCGGCCCUGCGCGGAUGCGCGACCGACGCCCGUCGCCUCUCGGCCGGCGGCUCCCGGGAAGCCCGCGCCCGUGCGGCGGAGGGCUCUGGAUUUGCAGAGAGCCGAAAUGACCAUGACUGCCAACAAGAAUUCCAGCAUCACCCAUGGAGCUGGAGGCACUAAGGCCCCUCGGGGGAAUCUGAGCAGGUCUCAGUCUGUGUCUCCACCUCCAGUUCUCCCCCCACCAAGGAGUCCCAUCUACCCACUCAGUGACAGUGAGGCGUCAGCAUGCAGGUGCCCGAGCCGCUUCCGCUCCCGGCUUCUCCUCAAGGACUGGCAGCCCUGUGAUCCUCCACCCCAGAACCCUCACGGGCCCUCCCCGGACACCACACCACCCACCCACCCCCUCAAGUCGACCAGCUUUGGUUAUUUGGACGGAAGCCCUUCAGCAUUCAAGAAGAAGGACCAGAAGGAGAAUGUCCUAGGGGCAGCCCAGGAUGUAGAGGGGUUGGCUGCUGGCCUCCCACUGGCCCAGAGCACUCCAUCUCUGGGGUCAGCCGCUGGCUCACGAAGUGGCUUUCUGAACCGCACUGGUACCCGCGCCCACAGCCGGGGCAUCCGGGAGAAGAUCUCAGCAUGGGAAGGUCGCCGAGAGACUUCGCCCAGGAUGAACGUGUGUGGAGAGAAACGAGAGGGCUCUGGGGGUGAGUGGGCAGCCAGCGAGAGCUGCCCCAGCACGGUGCCAUCCCCCUGCAGCUCAGAAAAGACCUUUGAUUUCAAGGGCCUCCGGAGGAUGAGUAGGACCUUCUCCGAGUGUUCCUACCCUGAGACCGAGGAGGAGGGAGAGGCACUCCCUGUCCGGGACUCUUUCUACCGGCCAGAGAAGCGGCCUGGCUGGAGCGAGCCCAGUGCCUUCCUCAGGGGGCAAGGCAGCAGGAAAGAGAGCUCAGCGGUGCUGAGUCGGAUCCAGAAAAUUGAACAGGUUCUGAAGGAGCAGCCAGGCCGGGGGCUCCCUCAGCUCCCCAGCAGCUGCUACAGCGUAGACCGAGGAAAAAGGAAGCCCAGGACCUUGGGCACCUUGGAGGAAUUGACCGGGGGCGCGAGUGUGAGCGCAGGAAACUGGGCAGUAGGAGUGGCUGGGGUCGGAGGGGAGGCUGGUCCGCCCCCAGAGAGGGAAGGCGGUGACUCCUCUAAGCCAGCCACCCCUGGAAACAGCCCUGGCUCCCAGCUGCUGCCUUCAAAGAGCGGCCCUGAUCCUGCUGUGAACCCAGUCCCCAAACCCAAGCGAACCUUUGAGUAUGAGGCUGACAAGAACCCCAAGAGUAAGCCAAGUAAUGGUCUACCUCCUUCACCCACACCUGCUGCUCCACCCCCCCUGCCCUCCACCCCGGCCCCACCAGUCACCCGGAGACCCAAGAAAGACAUGCGUGGUCACCGCAAGUCCCAGAGCAGGAAAUCCUUUGAGUUUGAGGAUGCAUCCAGUCUCCAGUCCCUGUACCCUUCUUCUCCCACUGAGAACGGUACUGAGAGCCGACCCAAGUUUGGAUCCAAAAGCACUUUAGAAGAGAAUGCCUAUGAAGAUAUUGUGGCAGGAGAUCUGACCAAGGAGAAUCCGUAUGAGGAUGUGGACUUAAAGAGCCGGAGGGCAGGACGCAAACCUCAGCUGUCUGAAAGCUCCUUGGACUCCCUGCACAGGAUGUGGAGUCCUCAGGACAGGAAGUACAGCCCGCCCACGCAGCUCGCCCUGAUGCCCAGCAGCCAGUCCCUGCGCAGUGGGAACUGGUCUGAAAGGAAGAGCCACCGUCUGCCACGAUCACCCAAGAGACAGAGCCAUGAUGACAUGCUGGUGGCCCACCUGAGCCUGCCGUCGUCCCCUUCCAGCCUCCAUGAGGACAGCCUGAGCACCACCAGUGAGCUGCUGUCCAGCCGCCGAGCCCGCCGCACCCCCAAGCUUGUCCAAAGAAUUAACUCCAUCUACAAUGCCAAGAGGGGAAAGAAGAGGUUGAAAAAGCUGUCUAUGUCAAGCAUUGAGACAGCGUCACUGAAAGAUGAGAAUAGUGAGAGCGAGAGCGACUCUGACGACAGGUUCAAAGCCCACACGCAGCGCCUCGUGCACACCCAGUCCGUGCUGAGACGUGCUCCCCGCUAUCGGACGCUGGAGCUGGAGCUGCUGGAGUGGCAGGAGCGGGAGCUGUUUGAGCAGUUUGUGGUGGUGUCCCUCAAGAAGAAGCCGUCCCGAAACACCUACCUCCCAGAAGUCUCCUACCAAUUUCCAAAGCUGGACCGACCCACCAAGCAGAUGCGGGAAGCAGAAGAGAGGCUCAAGGCCAUCCCUCAGUUCUGCUUCCCCGAUGCCAAGGACUGGACCCCUGUGUCAGAGUACAGCAGUGAGACUUUUUCUUUCAUGCUGACUGGGGAAGAUGGUAGCAGACGCUUUGGCUACUGCAGACGCUUACUGCCAAGCGGGAAGGGACCCCGGCUGCCAGAGGUGUACUGUGUCAUCAGCCGCCUAGGCUGCUUCGGUUUGUUUUCCAAGGUCCUCGAUGAGGUGGAGCGCCGGCGUGGGGUGUCUGCGGCUCUGGUCUACCCCUUCAUGAGAAGCCUCAUGGAGUCGCCCUUUCCCGCCCCAGGGAAGACCAUCAGAGUGAAGACCUUCUUGCCAGGUGCCGGCAAUGAGGUCUUAGAGCUGCGGCGGCCCACGGACUCGCGGCUGGAGCACGUGGACUUUGCGUGCCUCUUCACCUGCCUCAGUGUGCGCCAGCUCAUCCGGAUCUUUGCCUCGCUGCUGCUGGAGCGGCGCGUGAUUUUUGUGGCAGAUAAGCUCAGCACACUGUCCAGCUGCUCCCACGCGGUGGUGGCCUUGCUGUACCCCUUCUCCUGGCAGCACACCUUCAUCCCUGUCCUCCCAGCCUCCAUGAUCGACAUCGUCUGCUGUCCCACGCCCUUCCUGGUGGGCCUGCUUUCCAGCUCCCUCCCUAAACUGAAGGAUCUGCCUGUGGAGGAGGCACUGAUGGUGAAUCUGGGGUCAGAUCGAUUCAUUCGGCAGAUGGACGAUGAGGACACACUGUUACCUAGGAAGCUGCAGGCGGCCCUGGAGCAGGCUCUGGAGAGGAAAAGUGAGCUGAUCUCCCAGGACUCUGACAGUGACUCCGAUGAUGAAUGUAAUACUCUUAAUGGGCUGGUGUCCGAAGUGUUCAUCCGGUUCUUUGUGGAGAUUGUCGGGCACUACUCCCUCUUUCUGACCCAGAGUGAGAAGGGGGAGAGGGCUUUUCAGCGAGAAGCCUUCCGAAAGUCUGUGGCCUCCAAGAGCAUCCGCCGUUUCCUUGAGGUGUUUAUGGAGUCUCAGAUGUUUGCUGGCUUCAUCCAAGACAGGGAACUGAGGAAGUGUCGGGCAAAGGGUCUCUUUGAGCAACGAGUAGAACAGUAUUUAGAAGAACUCCCAGACACUGAACAAAGUGGAAUGAAUAAAUUUCUCCGAGGUUUAGGCAACAAAAUGAAGUUCCUCCACAAGAAGAAUUAAGCCCCCUCCACCUACCCACCUAAAGAGCUCAGUGCCUUACAGAACCUAGAGGCUGGAGAAGAGCUUUCCACUGGGCUGUCUCACCCUCCAAGCCAGCCCACCUGUCUUCAUAUCCAGGAUACUGUUUGUAAAUAAUCUGCUGUAAGCUUAUGUUUUUGUAACAAGCAAAGAGAAUCUGGUAAAUAUGUUUUCCCAAGGGGCCGGUGCUUUCCUGCCCUGUCUGAACUUGGAUGUUUUGCUGGGUGCUGAUGACUGGCUGGCUACUUAUGUGCAGUUGACUGUCUCAGCCAAACCACUGAUACUCCUGGUCUACUUGCCUGAGGCCCCUGCUGCCAGUCUGGACACCAGGAUUGCUAUGCAGACUAUUAUUUUAAAUCUUGAGGUUUUUUUUUUUUCCUAGUAGUUUUCAUGACCUACUCCUGAAAGGAAAAAAAAAACACACCUCUCCAUUUACAGCAUGGGCCUGGCCUCUUGCUCCUUUCACCUUGAUAUGGUCAGUGACUCACAGGAAGCCCACUCCCAGCUCUGCCAGUGCUCUCCAGGCCCAGCUUCCAGUCAGUGGUGGCCACGAUGCGGUACAGGGCAUCCCUGCUCCCACCAUCUACGGGUGUUCAAUAAACAGUGUACAGUUUGGGCCCAGA